AAUCCUCCGGCUGUGGCGUCCCAGACGCCCGCCCCGACACGCCCCUCGCCUGCCGCCUCCCCCUGCGCCCCUGCCCUUGCCCUGUGCUGUCCGGUGCUCUGCAGACCGUGGUCCCAGCACCUCUGCCCGCGAGCCCUUUGCCCUGAAGAUGAAGGUUUGGCUGCUGCUUGGUCUUCUGCUCGUGCACGAAGCGCUCGGGGAAGUUACUGGCCAACAGCCUCCCAAGAACAAGCGUCCAAAGGAGCCGGGAGAGAAUAGAAUCAAGCCUACCAACAAGAAAGUGAAACCCAAAAUUCCCAAAAUCAAGGACAGGGACGCAGCUGAUGCCACACCAAAGGCGCAGUCUAUAAUGAUACAUAUGAUGGAUAAAGGCCGCUUCCAGAAACCUGCCGCCACCCUGAGUCUGACGGCGGGGCAAACUCUAGAGCUUCGAUGUAAAGGGAGCAAGAUUGAAUGGAGUUAUCCCACCUAUCUUGACACCUUUAAGGACUCUCGCCUCAGCGUGAAGCAGAACGAGCGCUACGGCCAGCUGACCCUUGUCAACUCCACCGCAGCGGACACGGGCGAGUUCAGCUGCUGGGCUCAGCUCUGCCAUGGCUACAUCUGCGGGAGGGAUGAGACGAAAACAGGCUCCACCUACAUCUUUUUUACAGAGAAAGGAGAACUCUUUGUACCUUCUCCCAGUUACUUUGAUGUUGUCUACCUGAACCCAGACAAGCAGGCUGUGGUUCCUUGCCGAGUGACUGUCCCGUCAGCCAAAGUCACCCUCCACAGGGAGUUCCCUGCCAAGGAAAUCCCCGCCAAUGGAACUGACGUUGUUUAUGAUGUGAAGAGAGGCUUCGUGUAUCUGCAACCUCAUUCUGACCACCAGGGGGUGGUCUACUGCAAAGCGGAGGCUGGGGGCAAGUCUCAGAUCUCAGUCAAGUACCAGCUGCUCUAUGUGGAAGUUCCCAGAGGCCCUCCGUCAACAACCAUCUUGGCAUCCUCAAACAAAGUCAGAAGUGGGGAUGACAUCAGUGUCCUCUGCACGGUCCUCGGAGAUCCUGACGUUGAGGUAGAAUUCAGGUGGAUCUAUCCGGGACAGAAGGAUGAAAGGCCAGUGACAAUUCAAGACACUUGGAGGCUGAUCCACAGAGGACGGGGGCACACCACAAGAAUCUCCCAGAGCAUCAUGACAAUCGAAGACUUUGAGACCACUGAUGUAGGAUAUUACAUUUGCACUGCUCAGAAUCUCCAAGGGGAGACUACGGUUGCUACCACGGUUGAGUUUUCCUGACUUGGAAAAUGAAGUAUAACGAGUUGAUGGAGAGUUCAUUUGUGUCCAUGACCCGCUUUGGGGUUCUCUUGACUAAUGUUUUGCCAGAGGCUGAUGUCAAGUGCCAAACCCCACCCCCUGCCCUGUGAGUCAGACCCAGACAUCCAAACUAAAAGGAAGUCAUCCGGUCUAAUAAUAGAAGUGUUAACUCCUCUGACAGCAUGUAUUUUGAUUGCUUACCUAUCUACAUGCAUUUAUACUUUUUAUAAUUAAAAAAAGCAUUGAUAUUAACCUUAUAGCCUCAUUUCUAUUAAGUGAGCAAGUUUUUGUAAAGAAAUACAAAAUGAGCUAAGUGUUCAUUUUUUAGGUUGGUUUGAAGUACAUCCAAAGGACUUGUUGGCAGCAAUGUUUGGUUCACUAUCCAAGAUGCUAUUUGAUAUCACAACUACAGCACA